GCACUAAUUGAAUUGAUAUAUUUGCUUCCGUACAGCACCUUCUUUCAUAUCGAGUUAUUGGAUGUAGGCAGAAAUGGAAACUAGGACUAUGAACUACAACACAUUUACCAUAAAAAGUGAAUAAAAUAACGAAGAAAUUGGAAUUGACUUUCACCAAAUAAUUUUGGAAAAUGCUGGAUUUUUUGGUGGACACCGCUAAAAGUGGGUUUCCAACUCUCUCCAAACUGACUGAGGAUGACGUCAGUUCCAUAUGGGCAAGUGUGUCUGAGUUCAUUGAAAAUCAAAUGGCUCUUCAAAAGGGUGUACAAAUAUCGGGGCUUGGAACGUUGACUCAAUCAAGAUAUAAACUAGAAGUUGGCGGCAACAACAAAUUCAUCGUUGUGCAGAGGCCAGUGUUUCUGUUGUCUGAAAAGCUAGCUCAGACGCACAACCUUAAGUAUAAUAAACUAUUUGUAACAGGAGAUAUUCCAGUUGUCCCUCUAAAUUACAUAGCACUGUCUUUGGAAAGCCCAUUUAGUAGAGACACGAUUGAGGGAUGCGUCAAAGAAACAAUCAUCAUUUUCUCACGUUCUAUUGCCAUAAAACAACAUGUGGAAUUUAAUUUCAAAGGCAUAGGGGUACUCCACAUCAGAGACUCAAAAGUCAAAAUGAAAUUUUUUAAAGACUUUAUUAAUUCUUUGGAUGGAAGUGGGAACCUGGUCAAGUCACUCUCAAAUAGACCAGGCACGUGUGAUUCAGUGAUGUCAGGACGAGACAGUGACUUGCUGUGUCCACGUUCUAGUAGUGCCCUCUUAUUUCCCAGGAUUGUGGUGAAAGAGGUGGACAAUGCUCCAAUCAUGGAAACAAUUGAAGAAGAAAAUGUCGAAGCAGACUGCACAGAAGGGCAAACGUCAAAUGAAUAUAUGGAUAAAGAGUGUGAGGCAGAAGAAGAUCUCACAAGGAAAAGAGAAAUUUCAACUCCAAAACGCUUGCUCAAUCGACCGCACAUUGUGCCAGCCAAAUUAUCUGGAAUAAGCUUUAGUGAGGAAUUGGAGAGAAUAAUUAAGCCAAAGACAGCUCCAGAAAGGCUGGGAUCAUCAUUAUCUGCCAAGCUUUCAAAAACUGAAGUGGAAGUAUGCGACACCCAAACUGAUAAACAUCAGAUAAGACCAAUGACAUCUGGAUGCAUAGACCACUGUCGAGCAGGCCAAGAGCUCUGUUACCUAUGCAUGCAACGUGCCCAGAAUAACAUCCCUGUGUACCUUACGGAGGAGAGAAAACUAAGAGAGCAGGAGGAAGAGCGGAUACUGCUGCAGUACCAGCAUAUGAGGGACCUGGAAGCACACAACAGGGCUCAGCUAGCUUCACUGAUGAACAAGGAACAGAGCCAGAAAGAUGCUGCGUAUAACCUGGGAGUAGCUGAUGCAAUAAGGGAUGAAAAGAAUCAAAAGAAUACUGAAUUUUACGCAUCCUACAUUUUUGAGAAGAGGCCAUUGACCCCUCCAGCUUGUCUUAAAAGAGAACAAUGCCACCAUUCCUUAACAAAACAGAUGGCAGAGAAGAGACAAAAAGAGGUCAGAGGCAAACAGGACAAGGAAUUGUUGGGCAGACUGGAACAAGUCCAACUUGCAGAAGAGUUAGCAACUCAGAGAGCCAAAUAUAUAAAAGAAAAACACGAACAAACGCAGUGUUAUAAAAAUGCACUGGACAAGCAGGUGAAAAUAAAGCCUAAUUUCACACUGUCGCCUCAACCGGAUCCAAAGGAACCAGUGUUUGGCAGAAAUGAUAUGACCAACGAGAAGUUAGUGGAGAAGAGGAAACGCGAGGAGGAGGUGUACAGACAUCAGUUACAGGUUGCCGCUGAGAAGAAACGUCUGGCUAUACUCAAUCACCUGGUGCGGCAACGGAAUGAGGUGGACAUGCUACGAAGGUCAAAACAACAAGCUCAGGAUUACAGGGCAGCUGAGUAUGAGAAGAUUAGCAGAUUACAAAAGGCUUUGCAGGAUGACUGGGCCAAGAGCUCUGAAAUAAAGCGGCAGAGAGACCACAACGAGCAGCAGUUCAUACAAGCAGGAAGUCAGCUCCUCCUCGAUCAAUUUGAAAACUACCGACGAUGCUUUCAAUGUAAAAGACGAACAACAAACUGCGGAGAGACCAAUAUAUGGUGCGAAUCACGAUAUAUACCUGGAUCGCGUUUAAUGGUUUGAAAAUAUAAAAUUUGCUUGUUAUGUGCAUUCACGUACCAACAGUAAAUAUAAAAAAUAUUCUGCUUGUCAUGUCUUGCUAUGUACAAAAAGUGGUCAUUAUGUUCUACUGAAAACUUGAAAAUACAGAAUUUACCUCUAACCGAUCCCUAGAUUAGACACAAAUCAUAGUAACUGAACUUAAUGAGUUAAUGUUCGUGAUGGAUAGUUAAAAAGAAA